CCCUGGCAGCAGUGGGAAGUGUACCUUCGGGAGUACCACCCCUCGUCAGGCCUUCCGCUCCCAUCGGUCCGUUGCGGGCUCACCUCCCCUCGCCUCGCUGGCCACUCGUCCUGGUCGCAACCCCCUUCCCUGACCGAUGCCGUCAUCCAUCGUGUCGUCCCUUCCCCCACUGGCUUGGAGCUCAUGCUCGCCGUGGUACGUCUGGUCUCAGCGCUGCUCCUUGCGCUUCCUCCGGCGUAGGGCAUCUCUCGACGCCCUCCCCAGUGCACCUUCUCCCACCUCGUCGAUCAAGGCUACCCCCCUCGAUCCUGACGUUGCACCGCACCCCCUCCCACUUCCGAUCGGUGUCGCCCUCCAUCGAUCACCGCCACCGGUCGCGUCUCUGGCCGACACGCCUCCCCCACUCUCCUAGUGACGCCGUCCCCUCGUCACUACCCUCCACCUCGUGUAGACGCUGACAGCGCUGCCUACCGGGCACCCUACUCGUGGGCGCCCCCUCAUGUAUGGCUCACGCAUGGGUCCACUGUGUAGUGGUGUUCAGUACGCUUGCCCUUCUCUCUCUACCGAGCUACGCCCUACCCUACUCCCUCUUCUAUCGUCGGUCACGACCCGCCAUCACUGUCGAUCCUCUCCCUCGUCCACCGUGACGCUCUUCACCCUUCUAGGACGUCACGCCUCCCUCUAGGUGGUGUGGCUGUCCGGGGACCAUGGCUGCCUAGACGUUAGCCUCGUCUCUGCUACCAUCUCCACUCGGCCACUUCCGGCUGGUCCCCUUACA